UAAAGCGCGGCGGUCGAACGGCCGGUUCCGGCUGAAUGUCAGUGCGGGGCUGUGGGCCGGGGAGGAAGGUGGCUGGCGGUUCUUCUGCCUCCUCCGUCGCUGCCUCCUCGGCUUGUGCUGCCACCGUGGGAACCGGGCCGCUCGGCUGGUCCGGCAUGAAACCGUGAGGCAAGCGACGGGUCGGGGCCGCCGACAUGUUUGGCCGCUCGCGGAGCUGGGUGGGCGGGGGCCAUGGCAAGUCUUCACGCAACAUCCACUCCUUGGACCACCUCAAGUAUCUGUACCAUGUUUUGACCAAAAACACCACCGUCACCGAACAGAACCGGAACCUGCUGGUGGAGACCAUCCGCUCCAUCACCGAGAUUCUGAUUUGGGGAGAUCAGAAUGACAGCUCUGUAUUCGACUUCUUCCUGGAGAAGAACAUGUUUGUCUUCUUCCUGAACAUCCUGCGGCAGAAAUCGGGCCGCUACGUGUGCGUUCAGCUGCUGCAGACCUUGAACAUCCUGUUUGAGAAUAUCAGCCACGAGACCUCCCUUUAUUAUUUACUCUCUAAUAACUAUGUAAAUUCUAUCAUUGUUCAUAAAUUUGACUUUUCCGACGAGGAGAUUAUGGCGUAUUACAUAUCGUUCCUGAAAACGCUUUCCUUAAAGCUCAACAACCACACCGUUCAUUUCUUUUACAAUGAGCAUACCAAUGACUUUGCCCUGUACACAGAAGCCAUCAAAUUUUUCAAUCACCCUGAAAGCAUGGUUAGAAUUGCUGUAAGAACCAUAACCUUGAACGUCUAUAAAGUGUCAUUGGACAACCAGGCCAUGCUACACUAUAUCAGAGACAAAACUGCUGUCCCUUACUUCUCCAACUUGGUCUGGUUCAUCGGGAGCCACGUGAUCGAACUCGAUAACUGCGUGCAGACUGACGAGGAGCACCGCAAUCGAGGGAAACUGAGUGACCUGGUGGCUGAACAUCUGGACCACCUGCACUAUCUCAAUGACAUCCUGAUCAUCAACUGUGAGUUCCUCAAUGACGUGCUCACGGACCACCUACUCAACAGGCUCUUCCUGCCCCUCUACGUGUACUCACUGGAGAACCAGGACAAGGGAGGAGAACGACCGAAAAUCAGCCUGCCAGUGUCUCUCUACCUUCUGUCUCAGGUCUUCCUAAUUAUACAUCACGCACCGCUGGUGAACUCCUUAGCAGAAGUCAUCCUGAAUGGCGAUCUUUCUGAGAUGUAUGCUAAGACUGAGCAGGAUAUUCAGAGAAGUUCUGCCAAGCCCAGCAUCCGGUGCUUCAUUAAACCCACUGAAACGCUUGAGCGGUCCCUUGAGAUGAACAAACACAAGGGCAAGCGGCGGGUGCAAAAGAGACCCAACUACAAAAACGUCGGGGAGGAAGAGGAUGAGGAGAAAGGGCCUGCCGAAGAUGCCCAGGAAGACCCCGAGAGGGCUAAAGGUACCGAGGGUGGUCUCAAAGGCAUCAAGACGAGCGGGGAGAGUGAAGAGAUCGAGAUGGUGAUCAUGGAACGCAGCCAGCUCUCGGAGCUGGCCGCCAGCACCUCCGUGCAGGAGCAGAACACCACCGACGAGGAGAAGAGCGCCGCAGCCGCCACGUGCUCCGAGGGUGCGCAGUGGAGCAGACCCUUCCUGGAUAUGGUGUACCAUGCCCUGGACAGCCCGGACGACGAUUACCAUGCCCUCUUUGUGCUCUGCCUCCUCUAUGCCAUGUCUCACAACAAAGGCAUGGACCCUGAAAAACUAGAGCGGAUCCAGCUGCCAGUGCCCAGUGUAGCCGAGAAGACCACCUACAACCACCUCCUGGCCGAAAGACUCAUCCGGAUCAUGAACAACGCCGCCCAGCCAGAUGGGAAGAUCCGCUUGGCAACCCUGGAGCUGAGCUGCCUACUCCUGAAGCAGCAAGUCCUGCCCAGCUCCGGCUGCAUCAUAAAGGAUGUGCACCUGGCCUGCCUUGAGGGCGCAAGAGAAGAGAGCGUUCACCUCGUGCGGCACUUCUAUAAGGGAGAGGAAAUUUUUUUGGACAUGUUUGAAGACGAGUACAGGAGCAUGACCAUGAAGCCCAUGAACGUGGAAUAUCUCAUGAUGGAUGCCUCCAUCCUGCUUCCCCCCACGGGCACGCCACUGACGGGCAUCGACUUUGUGAAGCGGCUGCCAUGUGGGGAUGUGGAGAAGACCCGGAGGGAUAAGUUCCCAGAAGCGGCAUUUCGGGUUCAAAGGGCCAUCCGGGUAUUCUUCAUGCUGCGUUCCCUGUCACUGCAGCUGCGAGGAGAGCCCGAAACCCAGUUGCCACUGACUCGGGAGGAGGACCUGAUUAAAACCGAUGAUGUCCUGGAUCUGAACAACAGUGACCUGAUCGCCUGCACGGUGAUCACAAAGGACGGUGGCAUGGUCCAGCGAUUCCUGGCUGUCGACAUCUACCAGAUGAGUUUGGUGGAGCCGGACGUGUCCAGGCUUGGCUGGGGAGUGGUCAAGUUUGCAGGCCUCCUGCAGGACAUGCAAGUGACUGGUGUGGAGGACGACAGCCGUGCCUUGAAUAUCACCAUCCACAAGCCCGCGUCCAGCCCCCACUCCAAGCCCUUCCCCAUCCUGCAGGCCACCUUCGUCUUCUCGGACCACAUCCGCUGCAUCAUCGCCAAGCAGCGCCUGGCCAAGGGCCGCAUCCAGGCGAGGCGCAUGAAGAUGCAGAGGAUAGCGGCCCUCCUGGACCUCCCGAUCCAGCCAGCAACUGAAGUCCUGGGAUUUGGACUCGGCUCCUCCACUUCCACCCAGCACCUGCCUUUCCGCUUCUAUGACCAGGGCCGCCGAGGCAGCAGUGACCCCACGGUGCAGCGCUCCGUGUUCGCAUCUGUGGACAAGGUACCAGGCUUUGCCGUGGCCCAGUGCAUAAACCAGCACAGCUCGCCGUCCCUGUCCUCACCGUCGCCGCCCUCUGCCAGCGGGAGUCCCAGCGGCAGGGGGAGCACCAGCCACUGCGACUCAGGAGGCGCCAGCUCAUCCUCCACCCCGUCCGCCGCCCAGAGCCCUGCAGUUGCCCCGACUCCAGAACAGCCCCUGCCUCACCUUUCUGACCAGUUGGUGAUCGUCAAUGAAACAGAAGGCGACGCCAAGCCCGUCAAGAGCUCAGCCAGGAGUGCAGAGGUGGAGACAGCCAACCUGUCCCCCAGCCUCGUCCCCGCCCAGCAGCCCACCAUCUCCCUGCUCUGUGAAGACACUGCCGACACGCUGAGCGUCGAGGCCCUCACCCUCGUGCCCCCGGUGGACCCCCACAGCCUCCGAGCCCUCACUGGCCGUCCCCCACCUCCCCCACCAGCUGCAGCGUGCACAGGGACCUCGGACCAUGAGGCUGUGCGUGCCGAGCCUGUGGGCCCUACUGACAACUGAGUCCGCAUCAGGCUGUCCUGGGUGUGUGCGGCCCGCCGGCAGGGACCCAGCGUAGGCGCACCCACGCUUCUCCAUGGCCCAGCGACCAUCUUGGUCCCCUGGCCCUGUGCUUCCUUGAGUCACAGAAAGACCACACUCCGUGUGAAUGCCUUUUCCAUGUCUGUAAGAGCAGGCCAGCUGCAGAGACGCCCCAGGAGACACGGGACAUCGAUGGCUGCCUCUGUCACCAUCACCAUGUGCAGAGAAGAGCAGGACAUAGUCCUACCUACACAGUGGGUAGAGAUUUGUAAAAAUGCAAACUUGGAUAAACAUCUCCUUCAGCUAUUUAUUUCCGCUUUUAGUAGCAGGUGAAAGCAUUUAUUUUAAAAGCAUCUAUUUAAAAAGACAGACAAGCAGAUGCCCCCCCCCUUGGGGCUGCUGUCCUGUUGCAGGGGUGACUGCGCUGCCCGGACUUCACUCUCCUUUCCCUCGAGCUCCUGAUGCUCCGCCAUGGACGCUCCGCGUGGCUCCGUCUCCUUCACUGCAUCUUGUUUCCGUGUCACGGACCGAGCAGGCCUGGGGAGUGAUGAAGUACCUGCCGGGAGUGCUUGGCUUCUUUUCUAAGCAACGAUGAGGGAUACUCAUAUUCUCAGUACACGGAGCUGAGCGGGUUCAAAGUUCGUGUCACGGCAGCCGGGAGGCCCCCAACCCCUGAAUGUGACCUCCCCAUGCGGGGCACAGGGGCCGGUGCAGCCAGCCCCGCUCAGGACGCAUUCGCCAUCUCCACACGAAGCCUAGCAGGUUCCCAGCUUCCUCUACCAUCGUCACCUGUCUGUCUAAGAAGACCACCGGAGACUGCGAAGCCUCCAGACUCGGCGGCACGAUGGUAGUGAGGCACGGGGGCCCGGCAUUGCCUGCCCCAGCCCCACUGUGUUUCCAGAAUGAGACCACAAGAGCCAGUGUCAGCCCACCACAGGGCAGGGCCUGGAGCCUGAGCCUGACCGUCCUUGUCUCUGCUGCCGGGCCGGGACACGAGCCUGCCUCACAGCAAAGCCCACCGUUCUGGCUCCACUGGGACGGGGCGCGGCAGGGAAGGACAGGGACAUGUCCUGUCCAGCGCUACGCAGAUGCCUUGGUAGGCAGACGGCUAAGCAGCCGCUCACCUCUCUGGGCAUGGUAGACCCCCAACAACUCUCCAGGCAUGCCCCCCAUGCCCCCCAGGAGUGUGAACACACACAGUGUCCGUGUCCCCAAAGCUUGGCUGUGAGGGGGGCCCGAGAUGCUCAGAGACCCCACCAUCCACCCCCUAGAGGAAUGUGGUCCUGUGGCCUCUGCCACACCAGCUGUCCCGCCAGGCCCUGCCAAGGUCACUGCAGUGUAACGCUCCUUCUGAGGGGGUGGGGCACGGCUGUCCGGCCAUCAGGAGCCCUUGGGCAGUCUGCCCAGCCGGCUUUCACAGCUGCGGGCACAGGCCUGUGGCUUUAACAGAGCAAAGACCCAGCUUGGGAGGAGGCCAUUUAGGCAGGAAUUCCCCGGGCCUGGCAGGGAAGGACAAGCCGUGAUGGUCAGCUGAGCCCUCGGGGAAGCCGGUCAGUGGGUUAGAAGGACCCUGUCAUCGGGCACGGGUACCUGUGCCCCAGCAGCCAGCAGGUCCUCCGCUUGAUCCUUUAGAGUGGGGGGGUGGGGACCAAGGAUCCGACCUGGUGCGUCCCGGCCAGGCCAACCCCAGAGCCGCAUACCUCUGGUUUUGGAAUGACUGCCUUUGGGAUGGCAGAAGUCAGAAGGCGUGACCGGCCCAGCGUUCUUACUGGGGGCGCGAAUCGCAGCUGCAGUAAGCUAGGCGAGGCCCCAGGUUCUCUGGGGACCACUGAGCAAGUGAGAAAGGUCUGGGGCCGGGGCUGGACCCAGGAGGACCUGCAGUCGAGUAAAAGGCACCAGCCAAUCAGGCCAGGGCUUCCAGCCUGCACUCCUGACCCGGGACAGUCCUGGCCAGGGGCUUGCCUCAAGGGUGUGGGGCGGGGGCUCCCAGACUCUCGGCUGGCCUUCAUGCUAGGAGGUCUGGGAAUCCAGAAGGAGGAGCCAGCCCCACCCAGAUCUUGCUGGCGUGGUGGGGUGGGCACAGCUGUCCCCAGCAGCGGGGGCAUUCCCCGUCAGGCCUUUCCAGGCAGAGCACAUUGGGUCUGUCGUCGGCCAGUGAGAGGGAGAGCCCACAGCGGGGGCCGGGGCCUCUGACACACACCAAGGGUCAGAGUCAGAGGUCUGAGGACAGCCUCCAAAAGCCCACCAGCCUGCCGUUUCCAAGUCCUGCAGAGAGCACUUAGAGCCGCACCCUGGGCCACCCUCUCGGGUCCACUGUUGGGGCCACUGGGUUUGCCUAGUUCGGGAGCAGGGUGUGCCACUGGAGCUCCUAGGCCUCGGCUUCAAGAGUCGUCAUGGGGACGUGCCUGUCCCUCUCCACUCUGAGGCCUGAGCAUGCAAGGGCACCUCUCCUACCAGGGCAGAGACUGGUGAGCAGCGCCAGCCACAGCCUCCCCCAGCCCAGAGCCUGGCACCACCAGGUGAAGAAGCGCGCUAGAUGGCCCCGAGGGCCCUGAGACGCACUGUGUGAAAAAGGCAGGGCUGGGCUGAGUCCGAUCUUUUCUAGAUGCAAUAAAUCUGAGAUGUUUAACGUAGCCGCGUUGAUGCUGGACGCACACUGUGUCUUCAGUUCCUCUAGGCUGAAGCUGUGUGAACAGUUCUUGUCCCGGGAGGACUGGGCGGGGAAGCGGCGUGCUCUGAGCCUCGGGUUGUCCUCGGGAAGUACCUGCUUUCACAGCGUGACUCAGGCUUCGUGGGUACUGAGCACAAGGGCGGACAUGAAAACUGGAACUUCUUUGUAAAUUUGAACUUGGCAAUAAAAGACACAAAAGUUACCCAG